ACAUCUCUGAUUCAACAAGAUGGGGAAGCUGCUGUCGAAAAUUUUCGGCAACAAGGAAAUGCGAAUCCUGAUGCUCGGGCUGGAUGCUGCCGGGAAAACAACUAUACUGUAUAAGCUAAAGUUAGGUCAAUCGGUAACCACAAUUCCAACGGUCGGCUUCAACGUAGAAACCGUAACGUACAAGAACGUCAAAUUUAACGUGUGGGACGUUGGUGGGCAGGAUAAAAUACGACCACUAUGGAGGCACUACUACACGGGUACGCAAGGAUUAAUUUUUGUAGUGGAUUGUGCGGAUCGCGAUCGGAUAGAUGAAGCGCGACAGGAGCUGCACCGGAUAAUAAACGAUCGUGAAAUGCGGGAUGCGAUCAUACUGAUAUUCGCCAACAAGCAAGACCUGCCAGAAGCAAUGAAACCUCACGAAAUUCAGGAAAAGCUUGGCUUGACGCGAAUACGCGACCGGAACUGGUACGUGCAGCCUUCCUGUGCCACCACCGGCGACGGUCUGUACGAGGGACUGACGUGGCUAACGUCCAACCACAAAUUAUGAGAAUAAUUGUAAGCAUC